CGCAUAAAAGUCGGGCUGUGAUGAUGCUGCAGCUCGGUGUUAGUGCAGCUCCGGUCACUUGGCACACUUUGAGAGCGGACGAAUGAACCCAUGGCGCACAAGGUAACUUUUAAAAGUCUUUUAAAUAGCGACCGUGUGCGUCAGCAUUUUCUUCGCUUUUGAAUCGCAGCUUUUAAAUUAUUCUGAUCGAUAUUUUAUUAUUUUAUUUUUUCACACGUUAUUUGAACUGAUUUUGUGACAGAAACCAGAAAUAGAUUUAGGAGCAAAAAAAAAAAAAAAAGGCCAGACAUUGAUGCACUGGACCUGAUGAUGGAUGUCUUUUUUUUUAACGGAAAGAUUUUAUCAUAAUAUAUUACUCACUGACAUUGCUUAGCUCAGAUAUUUUGAAAAGAAACAGAAGAUCACCUAAAGCCAUGCCUCGGCCAGGCAAGAACUCCUACAGUGACCAGAAACCUCCUUACUCCUACAUUUCUCUGACUGCUAUGGCCAUACAGAACUCCUCAGAGAAGAUGCUCCCGCUCAGCGACAUCUAUAAAUUCAUCAUGGACCGCUUUCCUUACUACCGUGAGAACACACAACGCUGGCAGAAUUCACUCCGUCACAAUCUCUCCUUCAACGACUGCUUCAUCAAGAUCCCACGCCGCCCUGACCAGCCUGGCAAGGGAAGUUUCUGGGCACUGCAUCCGGACUGUGGUGACAUGUUUGAGAAUGGCAGCUUCCUGCGUCGCCGCAAGCGCUUCAAGGUUCUGCGGAUGGAGCACAGCGCAUGCAAGAGUGCCCCCAUCCUUCACCCAUACCACCCUCAUGCCCAGCAUCAUCACCCACAUCAUGCGCACCAGCACGCAAACAAGCUUAGUAUGGGGCAUCCUGACUACCUGGGUACUGUUGGGCGCCUAUCCCACUUCCAGAGCUAUGCGCUGGGGGGUGGGCAGAGCGGAGGCUUCAAACACCCAUUUGCAAUUGAGAGUCUGAUCGGACGAGACUACAAGGGGGUGAUGGCAGGUGGGCUGCCCAUCGCCUCCGUCAUGCAUCACCUGGGUUACUCAGUACCCAGUGUGGUCAACUCUGUUUGGCCACAUGUAGGUGUGCUCUCUGACUCGUCCCCUGUCUCAUCUGAGUAUCCGCCAUUCGGGGUGGCGGUCAAGGGGCUGUACCACCACACAGGAAGCCCUAACAUGCCUGCUGUGCCUGUUCCCAUUAAGCCCACACCGACACUCGGUGCUGUGCCAUCUCUGACAGGCCUGGCACCAGGGGCGGCUCAGCACUGCUCACGGAUGGACAGAGAAGCAACGGAUCUGAUGGAGGACAAAACUGGAGCUCUUCAUCCUUCUCUUUUGCAGUCCUGAAAUGAAAGUGACACAGUAAGGGUGUCGUGAUGUGAGGGUAUGUACUGCUGCAUGCUUUGGACACUAAUCCAUACAAUUAACCACAAGAGACUGAUAAAGAGCUCAUGCAGUGUGACAUUUUGUUUUAUUUUAUCUUGAACAUAGAUGCUUUUUAGGUGCUAAUAAGUGCAUUGUAUUUAUCUCUUUCCCUCACUCUCUCUUUUCUGUAUAAAAUACAUACUGUUUCAUUUGCAAAUUGCACUUCUCUUCCAAAACCUAGGUAGGCUAAUUGCAGGUAGGCUCUAUAUGUGUAGUAACAAUCAUGAUUAAACAUGACAAAACUUUGUCAGUGUUUACCGAGAUUUUUCCCCCAUUGUUUUUAAAUUUAAGGAGCCGGAUUUGGGCUGUAAUAUUUGACUCUGCUUUUCCUUCGACUCCCUGUUGACUGUAUAAAUGACUUUUGUAUUCUGUAAAUUUGUGCUACCGAAUUGUAUAAAGUCAAAUCAAUUUAAUGCAUAUUGAAUAAUAUUUGUACACAUUAUAGCAUGCCUGGCAUGCAUGAUUGCCUUUGUAAAGAUGCUCCUUUGGAAUGCACUGUGUUGGGAAGAAAUGCUGUCAUUAAAUGAAUCCAAAGUCAAAAUGUGAAAUUUCUGUUUAAACAAACAACAACAACAACAACAACAAAAAACAAAGCAAGGAAAGAUGUUGAAAUGUUUUUUAUGUACAGAAAUGUUAACUGUUAUAAUGUGCAUACAAACACGUGAGGACUAUUUUAAAGAGAUCCUUGCUCAUUUUAAAUAUGGUUUUCUUUCUAUAAACAGCCUUAAUUCCACAGCUAAAUUGAAAUGCCUAAUAUAUGGGGAAUGGUAUAUUUGUAAUAUAUUUAAUUAUUUAUUG